AUGGAGAGAGGAGGGUGGAACCUGGUGCUUAGAAGAAGAAGAUCAGGAAGAGUGGGCAAUCAAAGCAGCCAAAAUGUGGAUGUAGAUGGGUUGUUUACCAUCUUUGUAGAUGAGAUUCCAAACUCUAUGGAUCCAAAAAGCUUGUAUACUUUAUUCAGUAAGUUCGGAAUAGUUAAGGAUAUUUUUAUUCCAAUGAAAAGAAGACAAGUUCUGGGCUCUUGGUUCGAAUUUGUAAGGUACGACUGUAAGGUUGUAGCAGACAUGGCGGUGCAAAAGGCUGAUGGUUUAUGGUGCGAUAAUAAAGCUCUGAAGGUAAAGAUUGCAGAUUAUAAAAAAAUGGAACAGAAACAACUUUCAGCGAAGAACAAUGGUGGUUCGAUGGUGAGGCAGCGCCAGCAGAGGAUUUUUGCAUUGGGAAACACAGAGUAUGAAAAAGAAGUGCAGCAACAACCCAUGAUGAGGAACAUAGAAGGUGAGAUGAUGAGGAAGUAUCAAACAAGGAACUGUGCAUGUGACUGCUUUAUCCUUAUUAAAAGACAGAAGGAAUUGAGAACGUUAAUUCAUUGA